UGGCGCUCCGGCAGCGGGAGGAGGGGGAAGAACAAAGAUGUCGGCCUGCGGUUUUAAAGGGUCGCCUGACUUGAGGCAGAGACACGGUGGCUAUACAGUUCAUGGGGAUCACCACACUACCUGCCUCACAAACUGCCCACCUAUGCCCAUUUCCCCUCCCAUUCUUGUACCUCAGAAAUUAUCCUCUUGUUUUAAUUGUAACUAAUCGGUGAUGUAUUGUCGUUUGCCCACCGAUUGUCAACGAGUUGGGCGGUACAGAGAGUGACGUUUCGUCAAGUGAAGUACCUUUUUUUGUGUGUGGCCGGUGAUUUGUUAAUGCUUAAAUCUGCUCAUCGCCAGUACUUUCGCUUCCUCUCGGUCUUAUAGUGCUGGUGCUUAAAAAAAAGUGGCGUAUGUCAGAAUGCAGUAUAUUCCAGAAUCUGUUCAGAAUUCAUCUGGUGGCUCUUGAGAAAUACAUACAAACACGAGUCCGCUCCAUUGAAUGAAAAUCUAAUAACUAAAAUGCGACAGGAUGUAGAUGCUACCUGGCCUGCUGAGUUCCUCCAGCAUUUCGUGUGCGUUGCUUGGAUUUCCAGCAUCUGCACAUUUUCUCUUGUUUGACGGCUUCUCGAAGGUUCAAAGAUCAAAGGGGAAAUGUGAACAAACUGAAGUCACCUCAAUAGUCUUCAGUGAUUGAGCACAGAAACAUGAAAAUGGCCUCCACAACAAACAAAGCAGCUGUGUUUAAUGGAGCACAGUUCACACCAGUAAUGGAUCCAUCAGGAAGACAGAAAACUGAUCUUCAACAACUCCAUACAAUAGUGCAUUAGAAAAAAGUGCUGGAGGAACUCAGCAGGCCAGGCAGCAUCUGUGGGAAAGAGUAAACAGUUGACGUUUCGGCCGAGACUCUUCAUCAGGAUUGGAAAAGAAGAUAAAACAUCAGAGUACGAAGGCAGGAAUGGAGGAUACUCUUUGCAGCAUAGCCCUGAAGUUCAACAGCACACCAAAUAAGCUGGUUCAUCUAAACAAGCUCUACUCACAAAGUAUUGUCCCUGGGCAGCGACUAUACAUUCCUUAUCCUGUCACUGCACAGAGUGAAGACAGCCCCUUGUCCUCAAGUCCAAGCCACUCUCCAAGUCUGUCUUCAUCCGACGCCGAGUACGACAAACUCCUGGAUGCUGAUUCUGCAGAAAUGUCCAGUGUGCAGUGGUGCAGCUCACAGAUCAUCAGCUCCUCAGGUCAAAUCAGGGCUGAAAUCCCUACUUCCGAAAGAUUCUUAAAAAUCUGUUGCAAGUAUUUCACAGACAGAAAGGGUGUUGUAAUGGGAAUCCUGUACGUCACUCCAAAAAAAAUCUUUUUUGACCCAUACAAGUCCCAUCCUCUGAUCAUUGAAAAUGGCUGUGAAGAUUAUUUCUUUUCCUGCAGCACACAAUCAAUUAUUUCAGCUGAAUCUCACAAAGACAUCUCUCAAAUGAAGCUCUCCACAUCUUCUCCCUUAAGAGAAGUUCCUAUCCAAAGUAAAGUACAACAGACAGGAAGAAGACCUGCAAACUCCAGCCAAAAGGAUAAACCUCAUAUCCUUACAGCAGCUCAGAUCAAAGGCAAAUCACGGCGUGCAGGGAUCAAAGAAACGGAUUUAUUUUCCACCGACCAACAAUCUAAAACUUUAACAAAACUUUCUGGCAUCCCCUACUCCUGUCUAGAUUCUGUUUGUCAGGUUAAUAUGAAACCGUGCAAUGAGGUGACGGAAUUACGGGAGAAUGUAACGUGCUUGGACCUGAAAGAAAAUGACAAAGCUGAGAACGAAGGUACAGUUCCCUUCACAAACAAAGUAAAAUACAGAGGGAAAAGUUCUAUAUCGGGGAGCAAACGGUGCGAUUAUUCUGAAAAGGUUACAAGAGAACGAAUAUUGGAACAAGAGGCAAAUCCUGGUGGCAACCAUUAUUUAUCCCAGAUGCUGACAGAGGGGCAGUUGUGUAAGCAAAAUAAGGGAGAGAUGCUCUGUGAUUCACUCAACAAUACAGAUGAUAAUACUGCAUCGUUCUGCGAGAUAAAUCUGUCAGAUCAAGGGUGUAAAUAUCUGUGGUCUGUGGUGGAGACAGCAGGAGAGAAAAGGCUUUAUACUGGAAUGUCAAGCUUGAAGCCCGAAGAAGCUUGUUCUCCCAUAGACAAAGCCAAAGUUGAUCCAUGUGGAUUAUGUAAUAAACAAGGUAUUAACUCAAAUGAUGCAUUGGCCACGUUGACGAGGAAACAUGGAUUCCAACAAGACACGUGUCCUUCUAAAGAAGAAGAAGACAAACUACGAUUGAUGUUUUUAUGCCUAAAGGUCAGACUUCCUGUAAAAAAGACACGUUUGCUUACGUUUGGAGUGGCUACAUCUCAGGAUAUGGACCGGGACAAAUCUGAUGAGUACUGGUUUGCAAUGUCCCAAGAAAACGUGUCUGAAUUCCACAAAUACCUGAAGCACUGGAGACCUGAUAUUUAUCUAUUUGAAGGAAUGGGAGAUACUCGUGCAGAUGACUUUGUUCUCUUGGAUGUCAAGUGUCCAUUCUCCUUGAAUGAGAAGCUUUUUGAUAGACUGUUUGAUGAUUGGGAGAUUAUAACGGAGGAGGAUGACCACUUGAAGCACUUGAAAGAUAUUUUUGAUCCAGACUUUGAAAACAUGGCACCUGUUCUUCAGGGGAAAAGCAGCUUAAUGGAAUCUUUCCACGUAGAGAAGAUUUCCAAGUAUCUCCCACCCAGUACAGUGGGCCAUCCGUGGCAGUUGGCAUUCAGCACGUCCUUGCAUGGCUUCAGCCUAAAGACCUUGUACCGCAAAGUAGCUAACACUGACUCGCCAGUACUGCUGGUUAUAAAAGAUACCUGCGGACAGGUGUUUGGUGCUUUGACUUCACAUCCCCCAAGGCCAAGUGACCAUUUCUUUGGGACAGGAGAAACGUUUCUGUACACUUUUAACCUGGAUUUUAAGGUUUUUCAGUGGACUGGGGAGAAUUCUUUCUUCAUAAAAGGAAGCUUGGACUCGCUGGCAUUAGGAGGUGGCAGUGGACGUUUUGGUUUGUGGUUGGAUGAAGAUCUCAAUCAUGGAAGGAGUAACCCUUGUACAACAUUCAACAACUCCAUUCUGUCGAAAACCGAAGAUUUCACGGUGCAGGAUCUUGAAGUGUGGACAUUUCGCUAGCUGUGCACCAACCUCCUGAGUCUACCGGCUGAUGACUACUGAUGCAUGAAGCACCUGGGGGUGGGGGGGGGGGGCUAUUGCAGGAAAUGGCACAAGGCCCAUUUUCCAAUUUGUGCACUGAUAGUUUUAAGGAACAGGACCUGCUGUUCCCACUUUAAACAGACUGUUAUAUUGUCUGUAGCUGGGCAUUUCUUUAGUAAAGAAGGGACAAGUUAACUCCUAGUAUGUGAGCAGGUGGACACCUUGUCCCCAGUAGCUCAGGGGACCCUGAUGCAAUUUACCCACUUCAUCUAGAAAGAUGGUCUUGCACUGUCAAAAUGAAACUGGAUGUAGUUUGAACUGAAGCAUCAGCCUGCUUGUGCAAUAUGUGAAAAUCUAUUCAUAGUAUUGAUAUAAUAUCCAAGCAAAGCAUAGGGGUGAGGAAGGUUACUGACUUGCACUUUGCCACUAGUUGAUCACUGUGUAUAUUUUUGUUACAGGAGAGGUAUUCCAUGUUGAUUACACGGCCUUAAUCUCCUGUUACCGAGGACUAAAGUGAGAAUUGUUAAAUGUGUAUCUGUCUGUAAGUUCGUAAUAAAUACGUUAUGAUUGUAAAUCACUGCAUUGGAUCAAAGAGGUAUAGGUGAUUUAAUGUUGGAAACUGCAAUCAUUACAAAAAUAAACUUCAAGCAUUAAGUACCAAAGUUACAUGCACGUGUUAUCCAAGCUUUAAAGAACUUUUCCUUGUUAAACACCCGAGUCCAUUGCCAUUUUAAAUUCGCUUUACUGAAAUAACUCAACAAUCCCAAAAGAUACAAUUUUCAAAUGAAAAUGUUUGCUAUGUGACAUUAACUAUCAUCUCUGUCCAUGGAUUGAUUACUUGGUAUUUAAGACCAGUACAUCCUCAAUGGCAGAAGUAGUUACUGUACAAAUUUGCUUAUUGAGCUGUUGACCUACUCAGUGGCCGCUUUAUUGGGCACAGGCGUGGAAUCUGAAAUGGUCUUCUGCCCCUGUGGCAAGGUUCGACGCGUUGUGUAUUCAGAGAGGCUCUUACGCACACCCCUGUUGUAUUGCGUGGGCUUUUGAGUUACUGUCGGCUUGAACCAGUCUGGCCAUUCUUCACUGACCUCUCUCAUUAACAAGGUGUUUAAGACCACAGAACUGCUGCUCACUAGGUGGUGUUCUUUCCUCCAACACUAUUCUCUAAGAGCAGGGGUCCCCAAUCUGGGGUUCACUGAGAAGGGUCCAGGUAACCCCUGCUCUGUGCCUGAAAAUCCCAGGAGAUCAGCUGUUUCUGAGAUACAUAAACCAGCCCAUCUGGUGUCAACCAUUAUCCCAUGGUGAAAGUCACUUGAAUCACAUUUCUUCCCCCUUCUGCUGUUUGGUCUGAACAACUGAACUUCUUGACCAUGUCUACAUGCUUUUAUGCACUAGGUAGCUGUCAUGUGAUUGGCCGAUUAGAUAUUUGCAAAAGCAAGCAGGUGUACCUAAUAAAGUGGCCACUGAGUGUAAAUCUAAACCAUCGCACUCAUUGCAGUUCAAAGGAGCCAAAUAUUCAUCGUUUUUGGAGUAAAUGAUCUAACAUUUGUGGUUAGAAUUGCUUGGAACAUUUAAGUGUUGAGAUGCAGUUGUGUUCCAGUUACAAGCAAGUAGGUUAGGCACAAUGGAUUGCAGUUAUGUAGCUGAGGAUAUACUUUCCUUGCCCAGUGAGAUAAAAUCCCAAAAGGAGGCAGCAGUAAUAAGUUUGUUUUGACUUGCAUGUGAUAAAUAAAUCUAAAUUUUGCAUUAAAUUCAAAUUGAGCCUCUCUAGGCUAAUCUAUUGUAGAACUAGGGUCAUAACUUUUUGUCGGCCGUAGCAUUUCACAGCUCUUGCUUUCUUCUAAAAGGCCUUGAAUUGGAUUCUUGUCGCUUUUUUUUUGAUUCAUU